AUGCAGUUCAUAUUUUUUGUUCUAGGUGAGAGCUCUAUUUCUGGUUGUGCAAAAAGUGCGCGGAUUAAGAAGAAGCAGAGGAGGAACAGGACUACCUUUAACAGUAGCCAGCUUCAGGCCUUGGAGAGAGUGUUUGAAAGAACCCACUACCCGGACGCUUUUGUAAGAGAAGAUUUGGCAAGAAGGGUUAACCUGAGUGAAGCCAGAGUACAGGUCUGGUUUCAGAACAGGAGAGCCAAGUUCAGAAGGAAUGAGCGAGCCAUGCUGGCCAGCCGAUCGUCUUCCCUGCUAAAAUCGUACAGCCAAGACCCCCUUGUAGAGCAGCAGAUCAGCCCUCGACCAACCAGUCUGGCCCCGGAAUUUCUGUCCUGGAAUUCUAACAGCUACAGCGCCGCUUUGCCGCCUUACAAUCCAAACACCACCUCUGCACCAACCACACUGCCCACCCAGGGAGUCAACAUGGCCGACAGCAUUGCUAGCCUUCGCCUUAAAGCCAAGGAGUUCAGUCUGCACCACAGCCAGGUUUCAACUGUUAACUAA